CCACCACCACCACCACCACCACCACCACCAUGCUGGCGCCCAUCCCGCCCGUCUCGCCCUUGCUUCCGCGCUUUCUCUCGCCCAGCCCCUCCUUGCACGAGCAACAUCGACCCGGCACAUCGCCGAGUAUCAACAGCGACGUCUACUCAGACAACGCUUCCAUUCAUUCCGCCCGUGCCGCGCGCAUGUCCAUUGGCAGUCCCACCAUGAUCCUCCACCGUGGUGGAACACAUCAUAGCGACAGCCCGCGCGGAAGUACGGGAGACCCAUUUGACGAUCCGGAUAGCCCUGUGGGAAGAAGCCGACAGGGCUCGGCGGCUAGUCAGGCGAGUGAUGUCUCUAAGGGUUUGGACGUGUAAGAGCUGCUGUCUGUUGUCUAGGUGGCUUAAUGAUGUGAAUGAUAAUGUUAUGAGAGAAAAGAAUUAUAAUGGAUGAUGAUGAUGGUGAUGAUGAUUGUGGAUACCUAAGAGACAGGACAGGAGAGAGAGAGAGGCCCUCAUGCCUGCCCUGCCUUGUCUUCGUCCAAACGGGAGUUCGAUCUUGGACGACCGAGAAGGACGCAAACAACAC